UUUAGAAAGUUCCGUUACUUGUGUGUAUUUAACGGAAGUUGUAUUAUAUUUUAACAACAUUUUGGUAAAGUUUUUGAAUUAUUAGAAUUUGAGCAGUUAUAAAUAUUUACUUCUGCAUUUUUUUUAUGUGGCAAACUUAUGGCGUCCCGAUCAAAUGUGGAUCGAAUGCAAAUAAUGCAUCAUAUGUGCAAACGAGAGGUUGAGCAACUAAAAACCAAUCUAAAUAAAUAUUUAGAGGAAUGUGAAGUUAUCAUAAGAAACGAUAUAUUUAAAAAUUUUCGAAAAGAUUCAGGUCGACCAGAUCAUGCUAAUGUGUUUGCUUUGAUGGCCUACGACAAAUACAUGUCGCGUGUAGCGACCGUGACAAACUUAGCACGUAAAUUCAACAUCCAUUUGCAACUACAUAAUAUCAAUAAAAUCCUAACUGGUUAUGUUGGUGGUGGUAUUGAUCUGGAACCUAUUCCGUAUUUACUCGAGGAAUUUGUUGAAUGGCAUAAGGUAUUAAGCGAUAAAGACGAGUGUUUGGAUUACGACAUUGAUAGUAAGCAUUAUCGCAGUGUAGAGUCCGAGAAGUGGACGAGUUACCGAAGUGUAGAGAAGGAUUCGUUAACUUCAAUUGCGUUAUUGGACGAUAAUGGAAAAGUGCAAGCUACCAACGUAUUGGACGAUAAAAAUGCAACAGUACGUAAAAUAAAGUUUGCUGAACCCGAGUCACUAACACUUGAAUCUAUACCGUCAUGUGUGCAUUUGCGUGAUUUGUCGGUAUUCGUUGUGGGGUAUCACUUUACCGCAUUCGUUACGUAUAUACAUAAUAUAGAAAAUUUGUGCUUCUAUGCUUGCCAGAUGCGCAAUGAUAUGUUGUAUGAUUUAACCAAUAUGUAUAAUCUACCCAAGAGCGUGCGUAUACCUUCUACGAAUGUUAUUUUUGGUAUCUCAAUUAAUAGUAGGAAUAUAUUACGAGGUGUCUUGCUACAAUCUCCAGAUAAGGACAAUGAAAUCAGCUUACAUGUGCUGCUAAUCGAUUAUGGAGAAAUGGUGCCCCUAAAUAUCAAUGAUGUACAAUUUUAUGAUUUACCCAAAGUCUACAGAGAUUUACCUGCACAAGCCAUGAAAUGUAUUCUUUCGGGUGUUAAAGAUGCAACUACCGAAAGCAAAGAGGCAGAUGGGUAUGUGCUGAAAAAAAAACUACGGAAUUAUGAAUUCAAAGAAGUGAACUUUGAGGUCGUGAAGCAAAUAGGCAGAGUUUUGCACGUUUACAUUAUUGAAGGUCAAUCAACAGCAAAGAAAUCACCAGAAGUCAAAAAAUCAUUAAAUUUAUCAAAGAAUCCUUUCGUAAAUUCCUUCGACGAAAAUUCAUAUUCUGAUCUACAAACACCAACAGAAAAAUUUUGCAAACAAUUUUUGGUACAAUCACGUAUAGAUGAGGUUCUUAAAAAUGAUAUAAUAAAUUUAGAAGUUAUGCAUAUUUCUCAACCUGAUUCGUUUUUUGCUCAAAUACUAAGUGAGAAGAAUGAACAACUGGAACAACUAUUUUGGAACUCUGAUGAAAUAUCUGCGGAACAGAAGUUAACUGAAGCACCAAAAUUAGGCGAUUUAAUAUUGGCACAAUAUGCAAAGGAUUACUUUUGGUAUCGGGCUAAGGUCAUUAGUGUAGCAGGAGAUACCGAGUUCCAGGUAUUUUAUGUUGAUUAUGGUAAUAUAGAGACUGUACCACUAAAAGGAAUCGCCAAAUGCACCAAUGUCCAAGAAAAGGAACCUUUUCGCGCAGUUCUCUGUCGUAUCGCUAAUUUAAGCGAUAUUACAAACGGUGACGAGGCUCGCUUCGAAAAAGUUAUUCAAAUGUUGGUAGUUAUGUUAUUGAAUCAACGUAUUGAAGUGCAGAUUAUUGAAAAAAUUAACGCAGAGGAGUUAAGUGUUCAUAUAUUGGAUAAAGAAUUUGCUGAAAUUACGCAAAUGCUUUUCGACUUAGGAUAUGUAAAAAAUUCUGAGGCUUAAAUAUGUAUAUUUUUGUUCUUGACAAAUAACAGCUCUUUUAUGUUUAUCAAUAUUAUAAAAUAUAUAUAUAUUAAAUGUCCGUUUGAUAA